UUAUUCAAGAAAAGAGAUCUAAAAUAUAGUAUUUAAUUCGAAAAAGACAAGAAAAUAAACAAAUAAAAUAUGCUAGAAAAUCAUUGCAUUAGAAGUGGCCUCUCCCAAAUGUUUAUAUAUAGAGAUUCCUCCAAUGACUGAAUUAUUAUAUCAAGAAAUAAGAAAGAGCUCGACUUGUUCCUCAGAAGAUUCAAUAAUAUCAAACUUCUUGAAUAACGCUAAAGAAUGAAUCAUUCAACGUCGUCGUCGGAGGUAGAAGGGACUGAAACAAUCCCUUUUGGCCGGAGACUGCAAAGAGGAGGGCAGAGAGUUUUCGCUCCAAAGCUUUUGGUGGCUCUUCGUCGAUCAAGAAGAUGUUCAGAAGCUCCGGCGAGACAUUUUAGUCGGAGAUGGAGAGCCACGGCAGCGCAGAAGGCGUAUUCCUUAAGACUCUACGAUGCUCUCCGGCGUUCUCGGCGAAGCACAACGGUUCGGGACACGGCCGACAAAGUGCUCGCGGCUACGGCUCGUGGAACGACUCGGUGGAGCAGAGCCAUAUUGGUGAGCCGGUUCGGGAGGAGUCUGCGCCGGCACAAGCAUACAAAGCCGGCUUCGGGGGUCAGGGGAGGUGGAGGGAGGAGGAGGAAGUUGUCGGUGGUGGGAUAUCGUGUCCGGGCGUUAGGUGGGUUGGUGCCGGGUUGCCGGAGAACGGCGUUACCGGAGCUUUUAGACGAGACGGCGGAUUACAUAGCGGCGCUGGAAAUGCAAGUCCGAGCCAUGACGGCUCUAACGAAGAUUCUGUCUGAGUUUCAGCCGUCCGUUAAACUCGGCUCAGCUUUAUAGCCGAUUGCAUGAGCCGUUGGUGUGUAUUAUUUGUUUUGGUUAUUCUUUUACGCAUUUAUAAUCCGAAUGUUUGAUAAUGUAUUUAAUCAAGUGUUUGCAAUGGGGAAAAAUGUCAAAAAUCAUCACGAGUUGGACGAAAAUAUUGCGUAUUCUUGUUGUUGUUCAAACUGUUUCGAUGUCA